AUGGCAGGUCCUCUCCACGCUGUGCUGGCAGGUCCUCCUCCACGCUCAGUGAUGGCAGGUCCUCCUCCACGCCCGUGUCGGCAGGUCCUCCUCCACGCCCAGUGUUGGCAGGUCCUCCACGCCCGUGCUGGCAGGUCCUCCUCCACGCUCAGUGCUGGCAGGUCCUCCUCCACGCCCGUGUCGGCAGGUCCUCCUCCACGCUCCGUGUCGGCAGGUCCUCCUCCACGCUCAGUGAUGGCAGGUCCUCCUCCACGCUCCGUGUCGGCAGGUCCUCCUCCACGCUCAGUGGCAGGUCCUCCUCCACGCCCGUGUGGCAGGUCCUCCUCCACGCUCAGUGAUGCAGGUCCUCCACGCUCCGUGGUGGCAGGUCCUUGGCAGGUCCUCCUCCACGCCCAGUGA